GAAAGAAACACUUAAUACAUUUAUGCUCAAUAUUUAAAGGACCUGCACAUCAAUCUUGAGUGAACACAAGAAGUAGUGAUAUAUCAGUGUAAGCAAUCAGAACUAGUACAAACUUCAAAGUGACCAUGUCAGACUGCAUGUAUAUAAUGAAAUUAGAAAACAGUACCAUAUAUUUGAUCAGUACCAAGAAAUUUGAUAAAGUUAUUUCAAAUGGUAAUGACUAGGAGCAAUGCCGAGACUGAAGAAAUCCACAAAGUAAUCAGGAAGUUGCAAGCAGCACUUGAACAAAUAGUACCAAGUGGUUUAAAAUAGUACCAAUAAAUGAUUAGUUCCAAAUGAUUUACAACAGUGGAAAGGACACAGGAUGGCACUAUACAGGCUACUUUUUGUUAUUUUGAUGACAUUCCAUGUUGUCAUGGUUACUAAAUAUUGUGACAAUCCAUGUCAAUGCAGAUUUCAACUCUAUGACAGUUCUUGGAAAGAAUGUGACAACAAUGUAACAAUUCUACCAUAUAUGGUCAAACGCAUGGAGUAUAAUCAUGGCAAUCUUACAGUUUUGCCAAAAGAUUUGUGCCAAUAUUUUCGCCUAAGAGAACUUGAUGUCAGUUAUAACAACAUUCAUAUUAUCAUGAAUAAUUCUCUAACAUGCCUUGAAUCAUUGCAGUAUUUAAAUAUGGCCUAUAAUAACCUAAAAAUUCUACCAGGUGAAUUUCUAAAAAGACUGAAUUAUCUCGAGGAGGUUAAUCUCGCUUAUAAUGACAUACAUCACAUAGAGCGGGGUGCUUUCAGCAAGGAAAACAACAACAACAUCAUAAAACUUAACAUAAGUCAUAAUGACCUAGUGGAAGUCGAUGCAGUAUUCCUAGAAUUAAUCCAAGUUCUACGUGCUCAAUAUAAGGAAUAUGAUUUUUCUUACAACAGUAUAAGCAAAAUCACAAAUAUUGACAAAAAGAUGUUGACUUUCCACGAAGGAAACUAUUACACAUUUUAUCUGAGACAUAAUAACUUUAGCUCCUUUGGUAUUCAAGAACUGUCCAAUAUCAACAUCAACAAUGUGAAGGACCUUUUUACAUUGUUUAACACUAAUGGAUUUCAGGAUAUCAAUAUUAUGCACAACCCACUGGUUUGUGAUUGUAAUAUGUACGAGACAUUCACAGUUGUUAAAAACUUAAAAAUUGCCAAUUCGGGUCCAUUCAUAAGAGUAGAAAGAACACUUAAGUGGAUCUCAGACAACUUCAAAUGUAAAUUUCCAGGGUCAGAUAUACUACAUAAUGUCACUGAUCUGUCGGAAAAUGAUUUCCAAUGUAAACUCACAGAAGAUUGUCACAAAGCAUGUGAAUGUCACUAUAUUCCACAUGAAUCAAGUCUGUAUGUGGAUUGUAUGAACAAAGAUCUUCAUGAACUUCCACAAACCAUACCACCUUCUUCACAAGAGACAUCUAUUGUACUAAAUGUGAGUUAUAAUCACAUACAAACAUUGCCAAAAAGGAACUACAUCAGCAAAAUAAAAGUUUUAGAUCUGAGUCAUAAUGACCUAAAUGUCAUUGAAAUCACCAAUAUCAAUAAUUUCAAUCAAAUUUCCGAGCUUCUUUUACAACACAACAAGUUAUCUUCAUUACCUAGCAAAUGGGAAUACAUGACUGUGCCAUCUUUAAACAAAUUCUGUCUCCAUGGUAACCCUUUCAAAUGUGAUUGCUCAAGCUUGUGGAUGGAAGAAUGGAUUUUACAAUUCACUGAUCAGAAUUCCAUGGAUUCUUGUGGGAAUAAUAUUGUCUGUAAAGAUGGAUCACCCAUAACCAAUCAAGGAAUAAGCAAAACAGUCUGCUUAAUAGACUGGAAACUAUUCGUAGGGAUGUGUUGCCUCGUUGUCUUAGUAACAGUUACUGCAAUCAUCACCUUAUGCUAUUUCAAACCUGUGAUCAUUUUAUUGAUCAGAAAAAAGAAAUCAUACACAGUAGAUAUAGGGGCAAAAAACAGUGAUGCUUUUGUAUGUUUUGACAUGAAUGACUUUGAAUGGGUGGAUGAGCAUAUAAUUAAGCAACUGGAACCAAAAUUCAAACUAUGUAUUCCAGAAAGAGACUUCAUGGCAGGAGACAUCUUGGUGGAUGUAAUCACAGAAAACAUCGAACAGGCACAAAGGACAAUCAUGAUUCUGUCUCGCCAUUUCCUCGAAAGCUUGGAUUGUGUGAACCAGUUCAAGUUGGCUCACAGACAGUACAUGCUUCAUCCAGAUCAAAUGCUAAUUCCCAUUCUGAUGGAUGAUUUCCCUCUAAAUGGAACAUUACCCAAAUUUAUGUCAUGCUACCUACAGGCGCAUACAUAUUUGGAAGGUUCAGAUGCCUGGUUUAAAAAGAAGUUAGACUUGCAGAUGCCAAAGAUGAGCAUAAAUGAAAGAGCUAAUGUUGAUAAAGUUCUCCAACAAGUUUAAUACCACAACAUUAAGGUAUUAAUAUUAAGAUGCAUUCAUUUAUUUUCAAUAAUACUUGCCAAUAGGUCAUGAAUCUUUAUAAACUGGUCUCAGUUUAGACUGUGCAUCAUAAAUGUAUACAAGUCCAAACAGCAUCCACAAAAGUUGAAGACUAUAAUAACAAUAUGUCACCACUUCCGGUGAUGAUGCAGUAAAAUGACCUUGGGUGCGGUGUCAUGAAUGUAUCCGAACUU